UUGAUGAGGUAAACUGUUUUCCUGUCUCUUGGGGUCGUUAUCGUUCAAAGACUAAACUCCUCUGCCGUAAAUGUGGGGUUCAUAUUGGUUAUGGUUAUGGAGACUCUUCUGUUCUUUGUGGUUUUGACUCUCCCAACUCAUCUACUUCAGCUUACAGAAAGUUCACUGUAAAAAUACGAGCUCUACAGCCUUCUGAAGAGUGCUAAGAUGCAACCUACUUGUAGUUCUAGUACUAAUGCUCUUACUUCCAUCAUGGACCUUCCAGAUGAUUGUCUCGUUUUUAUUUUUCAAUGCCUUGAUUCUAGUUCUGACCGCGAAUCCUUUGGCUUGACUUGCCAUCGCUGUCUUUGUAUUCAAAAUCUUAGCCGUCGGUCCUUACAUUUUCAAUGUUCAUUCAGACAGCUUGACAUUUCCUCAUUAUCACAUUCAAAUAACCAUGUUAACAUCAACACCUAUCAUCUCCAUAGGCUGCUUACUCGCUUUCAGCAUUUACACUCAUUGUCCUUAUCUGGCUGCACAGAGCUACCUGAUUCAAGCUUGGAACAUUUGGUAAAUUAUGGGUCAAAGUUGCACACCCUUAUUCUGGAAUGUUGUUUUCGUAUUACUAAUCAUGGGUUGUCUGUGGUAGCUACUGGUUGUCCAUCAUUACAAGUGAUCAGCCUUUACCGUUGCCAAAUUUCUGAUUUUGGGUUAGAAAGUUUGGCUAAUUCUUGCUCAAUUUUAAAGGAUGUGAAUCUCUCUUACUGCUAUUUUAUUACUGAUCAUGGGUUAAGAGCUCUUUCACAAGGCUGUCGUCAACUUCAGGCAGUUAAGAUAUCACAUUGUAAGGGCGUAACUGGUAUUGGCUUUAAAGGUUGUUCAUCAACUUUAGCUUAUGUAGAAGCUGAAUCAUGUAAGCUCAAGUCAGAGGGCAUUUCGGGAAUUGUAAGUGGAGGUGGGAUUGAAUAUUUAAAUAUAUCCGGUUUAAUCUUGUCCAAUGGUGGAAAUGGUUUGGCAACAAUUGGGAGUGGAUUUGCCUUCAGCCUUAAAAUUCUUAACCUUCGGCAGUGCAGAACUGUUGGCGAUGAGUCUAUUGUAGCAAUUGCAGAAGGUUGUCCGCUUCUUGAGGAAUGGAACUUGGCAUUGUGUCAUGGGGUCAGGAUAGUUGGUUGGUCUUCUAUUGGGAUGAAUUGUCACAAAUUGGAGAAACUCCAUGUGAACCGGUGUCGGAGUCUAUGUGAUGCUGGAUUACUGGCUUUGCAAAAUGGUUGCAAACAGCUCUCUGUUCUGUACAUGAACGGUUGUUCUAGGAUUACUUCAACAGCAAUAGAGUUGUUCAAAUGUUAUAGGAGUGAUGUUACCAUCAAGGAAGAAGAAAAAAUGUGUAUAGGGGCUUAUGUGGGCAUUUAGAUUAUAUUGGACGAAAAGAAAUUUGACUUAUUUGACAUGAAAAUGUCUAUGAUAUCCUUAAAGGAGUUGUAAUUUUUCUAAAUAUUUAUUGAAUUGAUGAUGAAAUUAA